AACGGCGGCAUAAACGGCAUCUCGGAGAAACGACCUCGCAAAGGUGAAGCAACAGCCAAGUGCAUCCAAGAAAACAGUUGUACUACACACACACACACACACACAUACGAACUCACAAAAAGUCUAAGGAGGAAAAGGACCAACAAAAUGGACGACUGCAGCAGUGGACGGACCUCGCUGGCGGACAGCGCCAGCCUGACCAACGCCUCCAUGCGCAGCGGUGCCUCCUCCUCGCAGAGCGUCAACACCAACGACGGAACCAUUCGGGUGUUCAACUACAAGACCAACGACUUCGAGCACUUCUUUCCCUCAAUGACAUGCGAGGAUAUACGCACAGCGAUGUGCCGCCUCCUGGGGAUUGCUCCACCUGCCCAACUACUGUAUGGCAUUCGGGAGCACUCGACAUCGCGCCGCGCAAGUCCACUGGUGCGACUCGAUCUCACCUGGGUGAUGCCCGGCGAGCGGCUGCACUGCCAGCUGACCUACUGCUUCCGGAUGAGAUUCCGGGUGCCAGAAUUGGACAGCCAACUUGAGGUGAUCGAUGUGAGGAGCCAUGACUUCCUCUACGUCCAGAUGCGCUACGAUAUGCGCAACGAGCUGAUCUCGGAGAUCAAGUAUCCCGACCAUAAGGACAAGUCCAUGGGACUGGCCGUCAUGGACAUGCAGAUCGACAAGCUCGAGCAGUCGCCGGCAGAGCAACUGGAGCGUUCUAUCGAGAGGAACUACAAGAUGUAUCUGCCACCCAGCUUGUGGCGGGCGCAUAGCUUCUUUGUCGGCAACAAGAUCCGCGAAGUGUUCCGCAAUCUGAGCGCCAACUCGCCGAGCGUGGAGCGCCUGAAGUGGCACUAUGUCCAUCAGGUGUCCCAUCUGGCGCCCACCUAUAUGACCGAACAGUUCACCGUCAACGUACAGGGUCUGCCUAACGAGGAUCUGCCAAUGGGCGGUGGUGUCUUUGGCAGCAGCCAUCUCAGGGGCAUUGUCAGCAACUCAACAUCCACACUGGCCAGCACCGAAUCCUCUAGCACGGUCUCUACACUAACAACGAAUAGUCCAAAUAAUCCCUCUACCAAUGGCACCUCCUCAAAUGCUAGCCUCAGUGGUAGCAGCAAAAAGGGGAAACGACGCACCACCAGUUCCAGUGGGAUCGAUGUUUAUCUUCGGAUCUUUCCACACGACUCGGCGGAUCCGGGCCUCAAGGUGGCCAGAGUGACGUCCGAGGCGACGCUUAAGUGGAUUCUUCUGGGUAGAGUGGAGGACAUUUUUAUGAUCUCGAAAAUCAACAGCACCGAUGUACGGCUCGAGAUUGUGGGCCUGCCAAAGGGCUAUGAGAUGCACUUCCAGAACGAGAAAGAGAUGAAGUCCUUUAUCUCAUAUUUGAGCAUCUACAAAAGAAUGUCCUCAAAGUGGAUGCAGGAUUUGUGCCAUUCGUAUCGAACGCCCAGUUUGGCGGAGCUGGACUCGCUUUACUGCCACGGACCCAUCGGCGGUGCCUAUUCGCUGAUGAAGCUGCACGAGCAUAACGACAAGUGCGGCAGCUAUAUCAUACGCGAGUGCGAUCGCGAGUACGACGUUUACUACAUCGAUAUCAUAACUAAGAUCAUUGGCAAAGACACACCGCAGCAGCGUUGCAAGACGGAGACAUUUCGUAUCGUCCGCAAGGACUCGCAGUGGAAGCUGAUCAUCAACAACAACGAGCACACAUUGAAUUCGCUACAGGAAGUGGCACGCUUCAUUCAUGCGGACGUGAUCGAUCGCAUAAGGAUACCCGCUUCGGUGUAUGACAAGCCGCCGCUACUGCUUCUGCUGCUGCCAAAGAACUUAAAGGCCAAAAAGACUGACGUUCAGCUGAGCGAAGCGGAGCUGCAGCGACGCAAUCCUCAGAUCUUCAAUCCCAAAACGGAUCUGCAAUGGUAUCCAGAUUCGAUCACGCUUGGCGAAGACGGCAUGAUGUUCACGAUGCGCGGCGAUUGGAUCCAGCAGAGUCCCGUCAAAGAUGUCUCAGUGACAAUGAAAAUGAUGAAGAGUGACGGCAACUUUAUGGAAUUCUUCCGUUUGGCCCAGACCUGGACCCUCAUCCAGUCACCGCAAUUCCUCAAGCUGUACGGCCUCACCCUUUCGGAUCCGUACACCAUGGUCAUGGAGUAUUCACGCUACGGACCGCUGAAUAAGUUCCUCUACACCACCCGCGACGUCAGCCAGAAGUGUCUGGUGGAACUGAUGAAGGGUUUGGUGCGCGGCAUGCACUACCUGGAGGAUAACAAAAUCAUACACAGCUACAUACGUUGCAGCAACUUGUAUGUGACCAAAUACGAUCCGAGUUCCCAAAUGCUCGAUGCCAAGAUCAGUGAUCCCGGCUACCCGCGUCCAUACCGGGAAUCUGACUCGCCGUGGAUACCCACCAAAUACUAUCGGAAUCUGCAGGCGGCCAAAAAGGAUCUAAGCACCCAACUCUGGGCCUUUGCCACCACCGUUUACGAGAUCUUCUCGCGCUGCCGGAAAGACCUGCGCCUACUGACACAGGAGGAUCUGCAGCGGCAGAGACUACAAGAUGGAAAUAUUCUGCCACUGCUCAACACAGACAUGUGUCCGCCGCAAAUAUCGGAGACCAUUAUGGACGGUUGGAGCGAUGAACCGAAAUUCAGCCAUCAAGACAUCUUCUCCCGCCUCAUCGAAAUCAAGUCGGAACAUGACUAUAUGCCCCCGCCUCUUGCAAUGAAUGGAACUGGCGAUGGCGAAGAUGGCGAAAGCAUCCAUGACCUGCAUGUUGAUAAUAUAUGCCCCAGUGCUGAUAUGUUAAUGGUUGUGGAGCUGAACGACUGCCGUCUACUGUACUGCGAAAGUGACAAGAUCGGGGAGGGCAAUUUCGGUGUCGUGUAUCGCGGACAUUUGGAAUAUUAUGACAAGGAACGGGCCAGGGAGCAGGUGGCUGUCAAGAAGCUGAAAGCAAUGCAAGUAUCGACGAGUGAUUUCAAGCGCGAAAUGCAAAUCAUGCGCACGCUGGAUCAUCCAAAUGUCGUCAAAUUCAAGUAUUGGUCGGAGACACUCACCUCCAUUGUAAUGGAGUUCCUGUUUGGUUCCUUCAAAAAGUAUCUAAGCUUCGAGGCGCCAAAACUCAAUAAUGCUCGUCUCGUCGGCUAUGCGCUGGACAUCGCACACGGCAUGAAGUACUUGUCCGCCAUGGGCCUGAUCCAUCGGGACCUAUCCACUCGCAACAUACUUGUAGAUCGCGCUGGCGGCAAAGAUUGCCUUAAAAUCUCAGACUUUGGCCUGGCGCAGUUUGCCAAUUCCGAUGGAUACUACUUAGCCCAGAACAAUCGGGAGCUGCCCAUUAUGUGGUAUUCACCCGAGGCCAUUGCCACAAACAAAUUUUCAUCGUAUUCGGACGUCUGGAGCUAUGGCGUAACUCUCGUAGAGACAUUCUCCAUGGGCGCAGAUCCCAAUUUGGUGCCGAUGCAGACGUCGCCAGAAGAUUUCCUGAACCGUCUGCAGCAGGGCGAGCGAUUACCUCGACCGGACUGCCCCGACUUUAUGUAUGACCUGAUGCUCAUGUGCUGGCACGUCACGCCUAAAUCCCGCCCCAGCUUCGCCACCAUUGUGGAGUUCAUCUCGCGAGAGGUGGGCGUCAAUGUCUUUCCGCUGGUGGACCAACCGCAUCCACAUCAACAGUUGCCGCCAAAUAUGGAAGGAGGUGGAUAGUGACGAGAGACACACGGGGAUAAAAAAGUGUUCUGAACACAGUGGAAUGAAGAUAUAUACAAACACACACAUACACGCGUAUAUAUAAAGUUAGGAAUAUGUAUUUUUUUAAGCUGUUAGCAUUUGUAAAUGUAUGUUUUUAAAACACACAACCCAAUCCUUACUUGACGCAAUGCCUUCAAAAGAAUCACAAUACCCCAAGAUCCCAUCAGCAGACCUCUCACGCCUUAGCCUUUCUCUUGGAUUCUCGCCCAGACCCUUAGUUUGUAUUCUUGUGCUAAACAACCCUUCUUCUCUUGACUAAGUGCAGGGCGUCUCUCCCCCGGGGCUUUAUAUAUAUAUAUAUAUGAAAUUCUCAACCAUUAUUGUGUUAUAUACAUAUGUUUUAGCCGACUUUGUUAAAUAUUGUUAAGCUUGAGCUUAAAUUUUUUUGUGCAUUUAUACACCCAAAAACGCAAAGCAAAACAUUGUAAACGUACGUGUAAAUAAUAUAAUAUAAUGCUAUAUAAAUUAAAUUAGUUACGGCAACACACGGUAAUUUACACGAACGAAGAUUAAGACUAAGAUUAAUCUAAUCCAUAAACAAAAAAAAAAAAGAACAUAUGUGCACAUAUAGUCCUAAGGUAAAUGUCAAUUAAAGUUGAUUAAAUGCCAUUUUUUAACCUACAGAAUA